AUGCAGGUCCUCAACACAAUCGUUGCCCUUGCUGGCCUCGCUGCUGCUUUGCCAGCACCUGAUGCUUCGACUUCAGCGGCUUGCACGAACUACGUGACGAGCUCGACGUGCUCUGCUGUCUACCAGCCUUACGUUUCGACGGUGUCUUACAAUGCCGUUCAGACGGUUACUGUAACACAGUAUCAGCCUGUUACCACGACCACGGAGGUCAAGAGCUAUUACACUGUCACCAGCUAUGUCCCAACGACGUACUCAACAGUCUCGACAGUCUACCCAACCUCAACAAUAACCUACACAACCAGCUCCGUCACCACAAUCUGCCAAACCUCAACGGUGUCCUACAAAGCCUCCUACACCACCGUCGUUCCCUCGGAAACAACCUGCCCAGCAACCUCCUCCUACGAGACGCUGUACACGUCAGAGACAUACGUGGAAUCAACCGUCUACACCAGCACGCCGAGCUCGUACACCACGACUUCGGAAUACGCGACCUCAAGCACGAGCAUCGCCACAGCGACGUCCACCUCGUGUGCGUAUUAUAGCAGUUGCUCGAAUGGAGCUGUCGUUGCUACUUCCACAGCGGCGGCCACCGCCACGGAGUAUGGCGCUAGUCCAUCCUCUAGCUCUGCGGCUGCGGCAACGGCGUAUGGUGAGAGUUCGUCGACGACUUCUGCUGCGACGGCCGCGGGUUAUGGCGAUAGUUCUUCGUCCUCGGCUGCUGCUGCCUCGACUUCUUCGGCGGGCGCUCUGGGGGUGUUGUGA